CACCAUGCAAACAUGGUAAUCGGCCAUCGUACCAUUCAAAAAGUGAAACAGUGACGCUGAGUAUCGUCAGUGCCACUCGAGCAGCGAGAAUGGAACGAUCCAGAAGAUGGCUUGUUCAGUUAAUCAUCGUUGUGGUUUAUUUGCUUUCAAGCUCGUACCUGGUUCUAUCACUGCAAUGUAGCAACUACUAUUAUUCCGAGAAGUGCACCCUGCGCAACCUUCAGAUCAAUUCCUCGGAUUUGGGUUCUCUCAAAUUUCCUGUCCAUUCCUACAUUGAGCUGGAGAACGUUCAGGUGGAUUACCUUUCGCCGCAGGUGGUGCUGCGAAUGAAGUGGGUUAGCAACCUUACAAUUACCAACGGAGAAGUGAGUUACAUUUUUCUAAAGAACGAUCUCUUGGAACUGGUUGCCACCAGCAGUAAGACACAAGAUGUGAUUAUUGUCGAAGCUGAAAAUAAAGAUUUGGAAAAGAUGGAUAUCACUCAUAAUCUGCUGCGAAGCAUUCCCAAAAAUAUUGGAUUCCUGAAAGCGUUGACAACGCUGAAACUGAGCAGCAAUAGAAUUGAGACCGUCGAUCUUGGACAGCUUCACGGUUUGGACAAUCUCACACACAUAGAUCUAUCGAGCAACAGGAUUUAUUACAUUGUCCCUACUACAACAUUGGAGCUCAGUCGUCUUGAGUCACUGAGCUUGAACAGUAAUUUUCUGACGGAAAUCGAUUUCGACGGAUGGAUAGUUCCUCGGCUGCGUUUGUUGCACAUUGCCGGAAACAGUUUGACAUUCGUGAGGAAUUUCAACGGAAAAGUCUUUCCGUCUAUUGAAGAGUACUAUGAUGCAAACAACAUAUUCGACUGCCGUUGGCGAACAGAAUUUGUGUCGCAGCUGAUGGAAUGGACCAAAUUCAAAAACAGUUACCUUUCCGCAGAGUGCUCCAAAGGUGUGCGACUUAGCUCAGCAAACUACCGAGAGUUAAACAUUUCCGACAUUCGCAAGUAUUCUUUCGAUUUCGAUAACAAGGAAGAACUCCAGAAGCAAAUUGACAGCAUGAUCGAUACGGAGCAGAAGCACUCGCAACACAUCGAGUCGCUGAAAUCUUCGUUGCAGGAUAAAACCGAUAAGCUUGAACUUGUAUCCAGUAAGUUUCUGACUCAACAAUCCAGGAUCGAUGAACUGUUGGUUCAAGUUGAACGACUGGCGAGGGAGAUGGCGAAUGUUAAACAGAUGUUGCUUCCUGUUGCACCGCAAACAGUUACGAAAGGAUUACGGGAGAAAUUGAUUCACGAAGUUGUGGACGUCAUUCGGAAAAAUUUGGCCGAACAAUAAUGUGGGUUGUGUGAAAUUAAAUCAAGAUUUGGAAUGAAGAAGAUUAUUCAUUGACAAUAAAUAUACGAAUCAGAAUUUUAAAUAUCUAAAUAACACA